CGAUGAUCAGAGAGACGUGGGUAAACAUUGCCGGCCCAAUGGCGUCCUGAAGCGGAAGGUCAAGAGAUGGACUUGUUGAAGUAACAAUGUGACGACGGCAUGCAGCUGUGCGUGUGCCACCAGGAUGCUCGUUCUGUUUCCCCUCACUCGGUCAUCCUCAACAUGUGUAUUUGGAAGAGUAGAAGUUUCGGAAGUCUUCAGACCGAAGACUCCAGACAUAGAUAUUGCUUUGAUUCCUUCCAUCAUAUUGCCGUAUCAUACCUAUGACAAGUCAAAGGCCUAAAUUGUUUCCAAGCAGUCAUGAAGUCCUACUUAGCAGCAACGUUGUUGUUCGGAGCGAGCUUUGUCGGUUGCCAAUCAUCUGACCUCGCUCUACGCUUCAUAACCUACAACAUUCGCUGGGCCACGCCCGACCCAGGAACCAACGAAGCACCCUGGUCCACCCGCCGACCACAUCUCUUCUCCCAGCUCAACUACGAAACCGCAGCACGGCCCUCGUCCCUGGUCUGCAUGCAGGAAGUAGUCGAAGAACAACUCCUCGGCGUCGCCCAAGACCUCGGCCUAGCCUGGGGCCACGUCGGCGUCGGCCGUGACGAUGGCGUCGCUGCCGGGGAGUUCGCGCCAAUCUACUACCAGCCGGGCACCUGGAGCCUCGUGGAGAACCGAACGUACUGGUUGAGCGAGACGCCUGAUGUCCCCGGGUCCACGGGCUGGGACGCUGCGCUACCGCGCAUCGUCACCGUCGCGUCUUUCCGGCAUGUUGAGAGUGGACUGCCGCUGGUGUAUAUGUGUACGCACUUUGAUCACGUGGGCCAAGUUGCGAGAGAACAUAGUGCAGAGCUCUUGGUCAGCUUGGCGACAGAGUGGGAGAACUCGACAGAGGGGGUUGUGCCGGUGUUUCUGGGCGGCGACUUGAAUAUUGAGCCGGAUAAUGCGGCUUAUCAGAUCCUGAUCGCGGACGGGAACUUGCACGAUGUCCGUGAUGUGGUUCCUGAGUCUAGGAGGCUGGGGUAUUCGAAGACGUAUACUGCUUUCACGGACGAUCCCUCUGAUGAUACGUUUCUUGACCACUUGUUUGUGCGCGAUCCGACGGUCAGAGGGAUGAACUUCUUGACUCAUGCGGUUCUGCCGAAUCAUUUUGACGAUGGUGUGUAUAUAUCUGACCACCGGCCUGUCGUCGCCGAUGUUAUGAUCAGUGUAUAGACCAAGGGGGAACUUUACAGGUCAUGGUAAUAGUUAAUCUUAGCCCAUGACUCUCAAAAUUUGACGCAAGAUAGCCUGCUUGAUAGUGACAAAGCCGCGGGUCGGGGAACUGAGGCUUUCACAUGGAAGUCUGAGGC